CUCAGUGUCUGCAUUUCUCUUGUCCGUUACAGAAGAUGGAUUCCACGAUCAGCCUCCUGCAGAGCAGAGCACAGCGGAAGAGUACAUCGGCUAAUUUGGACGAGACGCUGAGGUGCCCCAAAAAUGAUUCGUCUUGGUGGAGACCAUGGAUCAUGAAUAUGAGAAACAAAGGAUUGUAUCAAGACGAAGAUAAUAAUGGUGGAUUUGAUUGUCACAAUGCACAUUCAAAACUAGCACUGGGCUUCCAGCAUCCAGUGAGACUCUGUGUGCCCAAGUCAAAAUCUCAUCAGUACCUCAGUGCCAUGGGUGAGAAGGUUCUUGCAAGUUUUCCCAUACAGGCAACAAUUCACUUCUACAAUGAUGACUCAGAUUCAGAAGAAGAAGAAACUGAAAACAUGGAAGAGGAGCAGGCUCUAGGAUCUGCUCAUACGGUGAUGGCUUUGGACAAGAGGACAGAAUUGCAAAUGGAAAAUUUCAAGGAAGGAGAUACCUUGUUUUGGAAACAGAACUCAAAAAACAAAGAGGACGGGUCAGUGGCUCACAGGAAGCAUAGUGUCCGCCCUAGCAAUUGACACAAAGGAUUGCAGUUAACUAGACCAAUGAACAUCAGGAAAUGAUAUUCUGUCUUGGGGAAACAUCUUCGUUGGUCCAUGAAAGUAAAGUUUGCACUGGUAGUAUAGCAAUAAUUGCUACUUAUGCCUACUUUUAUGGCAUUAAUUGUAACACAGUUAAACAGAGGCAUGUGGAAAGUAAACUAAUUCAUUCAUUCCUUUUAGACAUUAAACAUGAUGAAAACAAUGAAUGAAAAUACAAAACACCCAUAAUGUAAAGAUAUUUUAUUUUUUGAAAUACUAUUGACGUACUGUAAUCCUCAGCGAUUUAACAAAUGUAUAAAUUGUUUUUUUGUAUUAUGAGACAAAAAACAAAGCAAAAAUUGUAACUUGUAUAUUUUUUAAUUUGUGUGGUUAUUAUCAUUUUAUUAAUACAUUUUUAUGGGUUCCCAUUCAUUGUAAAAAAAAAAUAACAUUAGAUAAAAUAAGCUAGCUCCUAAAGGCAAUGUCAUCAAAAAGACUGGAGAAAUGUACAUGUCAUUGAUUUUUAAUUGACAAAAGCCCUUGGAAGAGCAGCUACUUGUGGCAUUGCUGAUUAACCACUUUGCACGUCUGACUGGUGGACCUGACUUUGGUGAUUCUGUUAAUGGUCAGCCUUUCUGACGCCCAAGUAUCUUUUAACUCUUACUUCUUCUUAUAGUAAGCUUGCAAAAGGUUUAUAAAAUUAACUCUGUGAAAAGGAGUGAUGGAAUAAAGUCUUGUAUUUCCCACUUUGACUAACGUGAGAGCACGUCUUCCUUUGACGUUACUAAUACUGCUUUGUUUCAUUUGUUCUUCUUACCUAUCUUUAUGAUGAUCAUUUUAACUUCACCCUUCAGCAACAUCUUCAGUUACAUUCAUAACAAUACAUACUUAACAAAGCAUU